AUGGGCGUGCAGGGCAGAUGUCCGUCCCCCUCUCCAUCCCCGCCCGCUUUGUUUUCUCGCCGUCCGCGGGCUCGGGCCCCCCACGCCGCUGCCACCCUGAAGUUUCUGGCGGUGCUGCUGGCGGCGGGCAUGCUGGCUUUCCUUGGGGCCAUCAUCUGCAUCAUCGCCAGCGUCCACCCGGCCGGCACCGCCGCGCCCGCCGCCGCCGCCGACAAUGACUCGGCCGCCGCCGCCCUCCUGCCCGCCGCCGACAAGGGGCUGGGAGCGCUGCACGGCCCCGCCGAGGCUCUGGCCAGCGCCGGGCCGCGCCUGCCGGGGGGGCCGCCGCUCUUCAGCCGCUUCGUCUGCACCCCGCUGAGCACCGAGUGCCCGGCCACCGGCACCGGCACCGCCGCCGGCAGCGCCGCCGGCCCCGAGGAGCUGCUGGCGCUGCGGAGCGCGGCGGCCCAGCUGCGCCGCACGGCGCUGGAGCAGAAGGAGCGGAUCCGCAUGGACCAGGAGACCAUCCGGGAGCUCACCGGCAAGCUCAGCCGCUGCGAGGGCGGCCUGCGGAGCCCCCCCGCCGCCGCCGGGCUCCGCGCCGCCCCGCGUCCCGGCACCAUGGGCCACCCUCCCGACGAGCCGCCUGCCGUGCGGGAGCUGGAGGAGGCUGUCCGCACCCUCCAGGACCGAAUCGACCGGAUAGAGCAGGAGCUGCCAGCCCGCACCAAUGGCUCAGCACCCACUGCCCCGGCACUUGCCCGUGAUGCCCUCCACACCAAGAUGGAGCAGCUGGAGGAGCAGCUCCUUUCCAAGAUCCUGACCCUGCAGAAGGAGCGCCAGGCCGCCAGUACUGACCACAGCCAGCAGCAGCACAACAUCGAGAAGGAGCUGAACUCCCUCCAGAACCGGGUGACGGAGCUGGAGCACGGACCACUGGGCUACAGCCCUCCUGAUGCCUUCAAGGUGACCAUCCCAGUGCAGAACAACUACAUGUAUGCCCGCAUGAAGAAGAGCCUGCCGGAGCUGUACGCCUUCACCAUCUGCAUGUGGCUGAAGUCCAAGGCCCUGGCAGGCAUUGGCACCCCGUUCUCCUACUCUGUCCCGAGCCAAGCAAACGAGAUCGUGUUGUUGGAGUGGGGCUCUAACCCCCUGGAGCUGCUCAUCAAUGACAAGGUGGCCCAGCUGCCACUGAGUCUGAAGGACAAGGCCUGGCACCACAUCUGUGUGGCAUGGACCACCCGGGACGGCAAGUGGUCAGCAUACCAGGAUGGUGAACAGCGGGGCUCCGGUGAGAACCUGGCCUCCUGGCAUUCCAUCAGGCCCCAGGGCAUCAUCAUCCUGGGUCAGGAGCAGGACACACUGGGGGGCCGUUUUGAUGCCACACAGGCCUUCGUGGGAGAGCUGGCGCAGUUUGGCGUGUGGGACCACAUGCUGGCUCCAGCAGAGAUCCUGGCUUUGGCUAACUGCACCUCCCACCUCCAAGGGAAUGUGAUCCAAUGGGAUGACCAGGCGGUGGAGGUCUUUGGAGGUGCCAGCAAGGCAGGCUUUGCCGCCUGCGAGGAAGGGAGGAAGGCAUGA